CGAGUCGCGGAGGAGGUGGUGGCAUCCCGGCUUUAGUCACUGGCCUUAAAGCUCUGGGCUUCCGGCGCGGAACAGGCCGCCUUCGCAACUUCUCCUUGGUUAUAUUCAUGUUCUGAGGAGGGUGUAAGAAGGAACUGUGGACCCCACAGCCUUGGUGGAAGCCGUUGUGGAAGAAGUAGCCUGUCCCAUCUGCAUGACCUUCCUGAGGGAGCCCAUGAGCAUCGACUGUGGCCACAGCUUCUGCCAUAGCUGUCUCUCUGGACUCUGGGAGGUCCCAGGAGAAUCCCAGAACUGGGGUUACACCUGUCCCCUCUGUCGAGCUCCUGUCCAGCCAAGGAACCUGAGGCCUAAUUGGCAGCUGGCCAGUGUUGUAGAAAAAGUCCGUCUGCUAAGGCUGCAUCCAGGAAGGGGGCUGAGGGGUGAUGUGUGUGAGCGCCAUGGGGAACAGCUAAAGGUAUUCUGCAAAGAAGAUGGCCUGGUAAUGUGUGAGGCCUGCAGCCGGUCCCCGGAGCAUGAGGCCCACAGUGUCGUGCCUGUGGAGGAUGUUGCCUGGGAGUAUAAGUGGAAACUCCAUGAGGCUCUAGAACAUCUCAAGAAAGAGCAAGAAGAGGCCUGGAAGCUGGAAGUUGGUGAGAGGAAGCGAACUGCCGACUGGAAGAUACAGGUUGAAACCCGAAAGCAGAGUAUCAUGUGGGAGUUUGAGAAAUAUAGGCGAUUACUAAAGCAAAAACAGCCACCAGGGCGGCAGCUGGAGGUAGAGGCAAAGGCAGCUCUGGCCAGCCUGGAGCAGGAGGAGGGGGAGACCCUGCAGAAACUGCAGUCCAACCAUGACGAGCUCACCCAGCAGAGCCGGGCCCUGUGGCGGAUGAUUGCAGAGCUGGAAGAGAGGUCCCAGUGGCCUGUCCGCUGGAUGCUGCAGGGUAUUGAGGAAAUCUUACACAGGAGCAAGUCUUGGAGCCUGCAGCGGCCGGAACCAGUGUCCCUGGAGCUGAAGACAGAUUGCCGUGUGCUGGGGCUAAGAGGGAUCCUGAAGAUGUAUGCAGCCGAUGUGUGCCUGGAUCCAGACACUGCUUAUUAUCGCCUCAUCGUGUCCAAGGACAGAAAACGCGUGUACUAUGGAGACGCCAAGCAGAAUGUGCCCGACAAUCCCGAGAGGUUUUACCGCUAUAAUAUUGUCCUGGGCAGCCAGUGCAUCUCCUCAGGCCGGCACUACUGGGAGGUGGAGGUGGGAGAAAGGUCUGAAUGGGGCCUGGGGGUUUGUAAGGAAAGCGUAGACCGGAAGGAGGUGGUCUAUUUAUCCCCGCACUAUGGGUUCUGGGUGAUAAGGCUGAGGAAGGGAGAUGAAUACCGAGCAGGCACCGAUGAGUACCCCCUCCUGUCCCUGCCAGUCCCUCCCCGCCGGGUGGGAGUCUUCCUGGAUUAUGAGGCCCAUGACAUCUCCUUCUACAACGUGACUGACAGUGGCUCCCACAUUUUCACUUUUCCCCGCUGUCCCUUCCCUGGGCGCCUCCUGCCCUAUUUUAGUCCUUGCUACAGCAUUGGGGCCAACAACACUGCUCCUCUGGCCAUCUGCUCCCUGGACGGGGAGGACUAAGAGAGCUACCAUCCUGGCCAGAGGCCUCGGAGUUUGGCCUGGCCUGCUGAGGUCUUGGACGGCCCUGCCCCUGACAAGUGCCCCCUUGAACCGAGCUGAGCCUAGAUUGAGGGAUUCCUCUGCCUGACCCAGUGGUCUUGUGCCACUAGGCCAGUGUAUGUCACUAAAGCACUCAUGUAAAAAAGCAGGAACCUAGUCAAAUGAGUGCUGCACCCCAUGAGGGAGACGGGAUAGGCCUGUCAGUGAGGAUCAGAGCAGUUCUAAGGCAACUUGUUGGGGUAAGGAUCAGUACUUUGUCCGUUCUCUAGCUCACACCCCUCUUCCCUGGUUUCUAUCCGGUGCCAUAAUUAAGUCAGUGAGGAUGACGGAGUGGAUACAGUCUUCACAAAACCUUUAAACAGGGUUUACCAACAAGCCAAAAGAACACUAUCCAUAUCCGAAGCUGGUUGCUAUGCUGAGACCACUCAGGGGCUGCUUUCCCUGAGAUUUGCUGCAACUGAGCAACCUAUAUUUGACCCUAGCUCUCUGACCCCCUGACUAGAGAAAUUUGGUGCAGCAAAGAAUACAGGACCUGCCCAGACCACCCUCUGUCAUCCCUUCUCUGAGCACAAGCCAGGAAAAUCACUAUUUCUCAGUCUCUAAGGAGACCAGUGUCCAAGUCCUGCCCUUUUCUAGAGUGGAAGGAACAGAAAACCUGUGAGCCUUAGUUUUGUAUUUUCACUUUGUGGAUGAGGAAACAAAUGGUCUUAGUGAAGCAAGUUAUCUCUUAUAAGGCUGUUGAAGAUAAGAAGGUUACAAAAAAUUAUAAAGUGUUUUUCACAUUCAAAUGAAAUAAGAUUGACAAACUCA